AUGGACAAGCUCUCCAUCCCGCACCCCCACCGCCCCCUCUUCCUCGCCGUAAACAGGGUCGUCCUAGACUACAUGUACGGCCCGCGCUACGACCCCUCCCACGACUACGAGCACAUCCAGCGCGUCGUAAAAUACGUGCACGAGCUCUACCUCGCUGAAAAAGCCGCCGGUCGUCUGCCCCAGAAUCUGGAUCUUACUACCAUGUACUUGGCCGCCAUGAUGCACGACGUAGGCGAAACGAAAUACCUCGAGAAAAACCGCACGCAGUUUGAAGUAGUGACGGAGAAGAUGCUAGCCUGUGGCGCCAGCCCACGCCUAGCAAACGACGUGGCUACCAUCGCGGUGAACGUCAGCUACACGCGCGAAGCGACCGCCAGCGACAAAACUUUUAUCCACUCUGUCAUCGCGCGCCACCCUGAACUCGCGUUCGUGCAGGACGCGGAUCGGCUGGAUGCGCUGGGGCCGAGUGGGCAGGGAGGUGCUUUGUCUGCAUCAUAA